GCCCCCCUUGGAUAAGUGGAAUAGUAAGAAAUCCUUUGAAGUUUCAGCUCACCUGUGUGCGUUGAAACAAAACUCUACCUGACGUACUUUAAACAUCACUGUAUACCAAUUUCCAAUCAACCGGUGCAUUUCCUUCAGAGCAGUUGUGCUCAGGAUUCAUGUAUUUACCGAGAACACACAUACUUGGCCUUGUGUUGUUUAGCUUGAUUUGAUGCCAAAUUGCUCUGUGUUUUUUAUGGAGGAAGUGUCUUGAAGGAGAAGUUGUUCUGUUUGGAGACGGUGUCACCCAGCUAUUUCAGCACAUGUCUUCUGUCAGGAUCACUGGGGGAAGACGCUAGAGAGGGGGAGAUGCUGGCGGUGAAGUAAAAGGUGGAGAUGAGAGUACGGCUGCGCCGUAGGACCACAAUCUUCUACAGACAUACAGCUCCGGAAAAAUCAAGAGACCACUCCCAAUUUUUUUCUUAAAUCUUAAUCUCUACAUGUACGGCAGCCAUUCCAGUGUCUGUUGAAUUUCAACACAGAGAAAAAGUGUCAGUAGUUUAGAGGAGACAAUAUAUAUUUAAAAAAAUCAUUGAACUCAAAGACAUAUCUAUAAAUAAUACAUCAAGAGAAAAUGAUAAUGCUGAAUAAAAUAUGUAAACUAUAUAAACACUUGCAAACAAAUACAGAGUUAUCAGAUGUAUUCAUUUGGUUUCAAAUCAGACGUUUUUGCCAUGCCUGUUAUUAUUCAUUGAGUCUAUGUAAUUGUGAAUCACUAUAUCUCAAAUAUAAGUAAAGAAAGGGCAUCAGAGAAAGCAGGACAACAAAAUGUGAGUUGCAAAAUAAAGCCAGGUUAGCAACAGGUGGGAAAAUAUUAAUAAUAGAAAUGCAGGAGAGGAACAGCGGAUUAAAUGAGGUGAGAAAUUAUAAGCAGUAGAAGGGGCAAAAUGGAGAAGGUCAUUGGUGUAAUAGAUUGAAAACUAGAAGUGUAGAAGAGAUGGGAAUGUAAAGGCAAGAGACAUUUCAAUCGUGAGGACUUUAAACUCAACCUGUUUACUUGAAAUUGACAGAAAUGUAGGAGUUGACAUGAUAACGUCAAAAUGCUCAGCGUAUGCCAGGAAUGUAAGAGUGUGUAGGAAGGAUCGAAGAGAAGAGGGAGUUUGAGGUGAACGGAAGAGGGAGGGAUGGACACUGAGAUGCGAACAGGGGCAUGUCCAAUGAGCAGAAGACAGCGGGGUGUCAACCUACAAAACCUCUGCGUGGUAUAAAGCAUGCACAGCUCGCUCAGCCUUUGUUUUAGCUUUGCAUCUGACCAGUGGAGUCUUUUUUCUUUCCUGAGUGAAACCUGGAGUGAGCACGUGCCUCUGACUGCUUAACAAGAAACAUGACGGCCCUCAAUGCACCUCGGGACAAAUACAAUGCAGUAUGGAUCAUUUUCUUCAUCCUUGGCCUGGGAACCCUCUUACCAUGGAAUUUCUUCAUGACGGCAACUAUGUUCUUCACCAGCAGGCUGAAGGAAUCAGUCAUCGACUCCGCACCUACCGACGCCCCCUCCACAAUCACCAACUCCCCCUCCACUCAUAGAAAUAUGACUCUGGAUAAUGGAGACAUUCGCAACGUUCUGGAGUCAAAGUUCAACAACGUGAUGACGCUCUGCGCUAUGGUGCCUCUGCUCAUCUUCACCUGCCUCAACUCCUUCCUGCACCAGAGGAUUCCUCAGAAGAUUCGCAUCAUUGGCAGUCUGACCGUCAUCCUGGUGGUCUUCCUGUUGACGGCGGUGUUAGUGAAGAUCGACAUGGCUCCUCUCCCCUUCUUCACCAUCACCAUGAUCAAAAUCAUCUGCAUUAACUCGUUCGGGGCGAUUCUCCAGAGCAGUCUCUUUGGGCUGGCAGGGAUUCUGCCCGCCUCCUACACUACGCCCAUCAUGAGCGGACAGGGGCUGGCCGGCACCUUCGCCGCUUUCUCCAUGAUCUGCGCCCUGGCAUCUGGAUCCGCCCUGCAGGACAGCGCCUUCGGUUACUUCAUCACAGCCUGCGUUGUUAUUCUCCUCGCCAUACUGUCCUACAUCGUCCUGCCCAGGCUGGUGUUUUUCCAGUACUUCAUGGAGAGUAAUGGAUCCAGACCCCUUGCUGAUGAGGAGAACAAGAUGGACUUACUCAAAAAAGAUAGUACAGAAGAGAAGCGGCCGGAGGUGAGUCUGACGGAGGAAGAGGCCAAACCCACUGUGUCUGUUGUGAACAUCUUCAAACAGAUCUGGUUGCUGGCUCUGUCCGUGUGCUUCAUCUUCACCGUCACCAUCGGAACAUUCCCGGCGGUAACGGUGGACGUCAAGUCGACGGUAGCAAACGGAGGAGCCUGGGAAAUGUAUUUCAUCCCCGUGUCGUGUUUCCUCCUUUUCAACCUGAUGGACUGGGCCGGCAGGAGUCUGACGGCCGUCUGUAUGUGGCCGGGGAAAGACAGCAUCUGGCUUCCCGUCCUGGUGGGUCUGCGGGUCGUCUUCAUCCCUCUCUUCAUGCUGUGUAACGUCCAGCCUCGCCAAUCACUCCCCGUGCUGUUCGGCCACGACGCCUGGUACAUCAUCUUCAUGAUCUUCUUCGCCUUCUCCAACGGAUACCUGGCCAGUCUUUGCAUGUGCUUCGGACCCAAGAAGGUGCCACAGUAUGAGGCGGAGACGGCGGGAGCUAUCAUGGCUUUCUUCCUAUCCCUGGGCUUGGCACUGGGCGCCGCGGCCUCAUUUGCUUUCAGGGCCUUGGUCUAAGAGCUCCAGAAGACCCCUUACUAGACGACCCCACCCUCAAACACUGCCCGUUUACACCCGCCAACAACCACUGACUGAGAGGAGACGGCAGACUGGGAGACUAGAGGCCCUCGGUCUUCUCAGAUGUACAGUAGAUGCGCGUCUCAUCCAAUAUAAACUGAACAUGUUACUGAGUAUACGCCUUCCAGACUCGAUGCCAUUUAUCAAACAUGUUGUUCCUCUGAGAUGAAUUGAAGUUCAGAGGGCAACUUGACAAAAACCAAAAGUGUAGGUAAACCAGUUGUAGCAGACUCGUCUGUAGAAGAUAGGAUGUUUUUUAAUUUUCCAAGAUAUGACAAAUCCGUAAUGAAGACUGGACACGAAGCAUCAUAGAGCCUCAUUCAUAAAAGGUUAUUCUGCACAAAAUGCUCGAUAGCAAAUAUGUUUUGUAAAGUUACAAUUAAUUUUUAUGAUCAGUCACAUUCUUUGGAAAUCACAUGAAGUUAUGAUGGUGUGUAAAUAAAGUUCCAACACUUUUAUAAAUGAGGCUCAAAGAUUCUGGUGUUCGGCUCGUCUGCAUCAACCAGUACACUUAACCAUCAGUUUGUAAACUGUGAUCCUGAACGUUACUUUUAGAAAAUAAUUACUUCACUCUGUACUGUUGCAGCUUUUAACUCUGAUCAAACCAAAUACAUGAAGACAUGGGAAAAUGAUGAACUCUGAAUGGAGGUUAGACCCAUCAAACUGCUCAUUGGCGUGCCGUGUGCAAACCCCUUCGCUCCCUCGCGCUGCUUUCAGUGUCACCUCGGGUCACCUUAGUCCGUAAACUUCCUAUUAAAGAAUAAACACAUUCUCGAUGAAUGUAAGCAUAGAGUAAAUCCUAAAGACGAGGUUUUAGUCAACAAUCUGAGCCACUACUGAAUAUUCAUUGUCUUAGAGAUGGCUGUCUGUCUGUUUGUAGAUUUAGAUGAAGAAGCAACACCGUGGGACUGUUUGGUUGUUCUCAAAAUAAUUUUUUCUUUCUAGAUUUUCCGCCCGGAGGAUGACGUUGAUACUGCUACUGUGUCUUCCUGUUAAACGGCGUUUGCCACAAUGUAUUUUUGAAUGCAGCAAAGACAAAAUGUUAAGCCUUCAAAGAUGUGAAACGUGCCAUUUUUGAGUGAGAUAAGGACGAGUUUUUAGGUCAUUCUUUGGUUUUCUCAAGCCCUUGAGUUUUCUCAUUUUUUUUAUGCAAGAUAUGUUUUGUAUCAGUAGAAGUUUUUAGUAUUCUGGUCAAACUUCCAUCACUCGGCUCUGGCAGAGUGAGUUUUGUUCUCAUGUAUUGGGAGGUGCCUAUCAGUGUUAUAUAUUUGUGGCCUUUUUGAUGCUCUUUUUAAAGUCUGCUUUAGUUCUACACGUUAUUAUUCAUAACACCAGCUGUAUACAUGCUAACUGCCUGUUUGUUUCAAAGCUCAACGUUGGUCUGUUCUUCCGUACUGUGUGUAGUAGUUUGUAUGGGAGUCAUGGAUCAGAAAGUGUUGAUCAUAUUUGCAGCUUAAAACAGUUCUGUGAUAAAAAUAAAACUGUAUUUUUAAGAA